ACUUGCCACGCCGAGCCGGCGGGCAGGAGAGCGACGGGGAGGCGGGCGAGUGCCCGGGCCGCGGCCGCCUGUGCUCACAGGUGGGCGGUGGCGGAGGCGCGGCGGAGCGGAGCCGGGGUCUCCGGGACUCCAGCCGUCAUACAGAGAGCCCAGCGGAGCAGAGCUCGGAAGACGCGUCCGCGCCUCGGGAGGAAUCUACCCUUCUCCCCUCCACCUGGGCCUCUUUGGCUGCAGCCGCACCUCGGCCCCGGAACCCAGGUGGAAAUCGUGACACAGAAGGGCAGUAUGAAGCCACUGAAGAAAAACAAAGCGGAAGAACCUGAAUUGGAGCCCCUGUGCUGCUGCGAGUACAUCGAUCGAAAUGGGGAAAAGAACCACGUGGCCGCUUGUUUGUGUGAUUGCCAGGAUCUCGAUGAAGGGUGUGAUAGAUGGAUCACAUGUAAAUCCAUGCAGCCAGAGACUUGCGAAAGAAUCAUGGAUACUAUUUCUGAUCGCCUCCGAAUUCCUUGGCUUAGGGGAGCCAAAAAAGUUAACAUUAGCAUCAUCCCCCCACUCAUCCUCCUGCCCGUCUUCCUCCGCGUGGCUUCCUGGCAUUUCCUCCUGGGGGUGGUGGUUUUGACCUCCCUUCCUGUGCUGGCUCUAUGGUACUACUACCUCACUCACAGAAGGAAAGAACAGACUCUGUUUUUCCUGGGCCUCGGACUGUUCUCUCUGGGCUACAUGUACUAUGUGUUCCUGCAGGAAGUGGUCCCCAAAGGGCGUGUGGGGCCCACUCAGCUGGCUCUUCUUACCUGCGGGUUAUUUCUGGUACUCUUGGCCCUGUACAGAGCCAAGAAGAAUCCAGGCUACCUCAGAAAUCCAGCAAGCAAGGACAAAUCUCUCAGCAGUAGCCAAGUUGAAUGCCUGAGCAGAGACGGGCUGGAGAGGACCAGAGGGCUCCCCGGUGCGGGAUCGUCGGGCAGUCUCAGCAACCGCACGCCGAAGGACGAUCUUAAGGGCCCUUGCAGGGUGUUGGCCGGAAGCCCUGCCAAGGUGAAGGAGGACUGGUGUGCCAAGUGUCAGCUGGUGCGGCCGGCCCGGGCGUGGCAUUGCCGGCUCUGCGGCGUCUGCGUCCGGAGAAUGGAUCAUCACUGUGUCUGGAUAAAUAGCUGUGUUGGAGAAUCAAACCAUCAAGCAUUUAUACUUGCCCUUUCGAUCUUCUUGCUCACCUCGGUGUACGGGAUAACAUUGACCUUGGACACCAUUUGUAGAGAUAGAAGUGUCUUCACAGCUCUCUUCUAUUGUCCUGGAGUUUAUGCAGAUUACAGCUCCGCCCUGUCCUUCACCUGCGUGUGGUACUCCGUGAUCAUCACGGCGGGCAUGGCGUACAUCUUCCUCAUCCAGCUGAUCAACAUCAGUUACAACGUCACCGAGCGGGAAGUCCAGCAGGCCCUGCGUCAGAAGACGGGGCGCCGGCUCCUCUGCGGGCUCAUCGUGGACACGGGCCAGUACAACCGGGGCUUCCUGCGGAACUGGCAUCAGUUCUCCACCCUGGGCGCCGCCCCCUGCCACCACCCAGCCGAGGACAUUGUCUGAAGUGCCUUCUGUGUGGCUCUGUGAGGGGUGGCUCUCCCCUCUGCGCCCUCCCAGUGUACACGUCGGCGUCCGUGCAGGAUGUUCGCUUUUAUCCCCCGUUUCUUAAAGGCUGUCUAGGGCCAUGCUCAGGUUUAGACACAGGACUGGGAAGAAAUGAAUUUUUCUGAUUUCACCUUAAGAGAUUUUUAUAUCGAAGCAGUAAAAGUAGAGCCAUUCUUUUCCAGUCACCUUAUUCACUAACUCAGUCACCAGGAGCGGGAGACGAUGCGGAUUGCUAAUGCACAGCUUGAUAGAAGCCAUUCCCAUCCCUUAGCAGGGGAGAAAGAGUUUGGAUUAGGAUCGUUUCCAGUCCUCCUUUCAAUUCCUGAUAGCCAUGUGACCCUUCGUUGAGUCACUUCCCCAAGUCUCAGGUUCAUCCGUAAAGUGGGGUGCUGCCGCCUGCCCUGGCUACCUCACGGUCGGGAGGGUCGUGCAAGGGACCAGGUGUGUGGAAAGCACUGGAAAAUGACAGAAGCACCCAAGAGGGAUGAAGUAUUAUUAGGAAAACUCAAAGACCGAGAAAAAUGUUUGUAGGUCAGAAUACAGAAGCCAAAACUAUCCGAGGAAUCCAUUUUCAGCAUUUCAGAGUGAAAGAAAGAUCCUGAAAUACUACAUUGUACCACAUUGUACAGUUACGGUAAUUUCUCUUUCUGAAGUAUUAGACAUUAGCUACUCAAACAGAAGAUGAUUGGAUGGAUUCGCACUGUCAUCUAAUUCUGAAGGGACAGUCAAAACAGUUCUAUUUAUUGGUAGUAUUAAGUUACAGUGGUCAUGAGUUUAGAUGGUGAGUCCUUACAUUUAUCUCAUUUCUUCUAUAUUUAUUGUUUGGAUUUACUCUAACUCCAAACUCGAAUAGGCAUUACUGUUUUUUUCCUCUUUCCAUGUUUCACCUGGGAAGGUGCUAGCACACUUUUGAUGAGGCUGGAAGAGGGGAACAGACACUCCUGUGGGGGAACAGUUUACACUCUUUCCUGGGUAGGGUGGCUGGUCAAUAUCAAGGGCUCGAUUUUUUUUUUUCCCCCAUGUAAGUAAUGCAAACACUGUCAGUUACAGUACUCGGUUGCAAAAACCAGUUUUUUGGCAUUUAUAUUCUUCUGGCAUGAACUCUCUUUGAGGAGUCGAUGGGCAUCUUCCUACUUGCACAUUACUUCUCAUUCACCUUGCCCUAGACAAAAUAUCUCACUUGGAGAGAAAAAACAGGGUAUAUAUGGUUUCCACUACUUAAUGGAUAUGGUUCUUCCCUAGCUCUUCCUAAAAUCUUAUCUUUUUUUGUAUCUUGAAACUGAAAAUGUAUAAAAGAUUAAAUAUUUAUAUAGAGAAUGGGUCUGUUCUGCCAUAGAGUUAGGAUGAGGCAAUUUUGGAUGGGAAAAAUGCCCUCUUGAAAUACUUAGUUUUUUACAUGUGCUUAUUUUGCAGUCCCAAAGAAAAUUCAUGAGUCCUUAAGUUUACUUUGGUUUAUAGCUUAGAAUUGGGGAAAUGUUGCCAGUUUUUUUCAGUCUGUCUGUGCAUGCUGCUGUCAUAAGUUCAUAAAUGUUGAGAGGAAAUACUGGUACUUCCUGCGACUCUGCCGUCUGCAGCUAGCACCAUCCCUAGUUCUGCCGGGAAACAAAGCUGUCCUUAAGACAGUCACCACCUCUUUAUACAGGCUUGUUGCUGCUCCCCAGAGAUGGAUUGUUUAACCAGUGAGAGGCUCCGUAUUCCACUGGGAUGAGCCAAAGAGCAAGUCUGGGGUAUUAGCAGUCUGUGGUUUCUACAGUGAUGCCCUGGCUCUGGCCCAGAGUCAAGCAUUCAUUUGGAAUUAACACUGGAUCUGAGAGAACUAAUUCUGUUCUGCUAGGUUUGAGAUAAGAGAGAGAGGAAUAAUGUCAAGGACAGCACAUGUGGCCAGAACUCUAGUUGUAGUCUCUUGAAUGCCAGGUGUAUAGCCAACUCUGAUCGUCUAACGGUUGAUAAUAGAAUUCAUAGAAGGAAUAGUAUGGUCGGUAAUUUUAGCCUCUUGGCAAAUCUUUAACAACCAUCAAAAUGUGACAUGAUAAAGAUGAGUAGUACCCAAGAGACCGCAGUCAUGUGGGAGAAUCAGGAACGACUGCCAUUUUUAUAAUAGCACAGCCCUAAUGGUUUAUCUACAUGGGGCCUCUCAGGUUCCCUCACCUCCAUGAGGACUCCUUGUAUAUUACUCCGGCUGGUUGGGAUGAAGUUGCUUGUUUUAAGUUCCUUGAGAUCAUGAUUGGCAUUUUACAGGAGAAAGCUCAAACUUUUGAAAAAGUUCUGUGGUUUUAUGGGGAUAAAAGCCUACUGAAGUAUUUGCACCACAAGGAGCAGCAAACAAGGGGCUCUUUGUGAGCAGGGUUUCUGUAGGCCCCGGGACACCCUAAGUCUACGCUCCUAGAUUUUUACACCUUUUUAUGACCUGGAACUAUUUGAGGGAUUUUGUCCUUUUAAAGGACAAGGUCUCCAGGAACGAAAGAGUCCCAGAGAAACCUGUGGUGGUGGCGGUGGCGGCGGCCACGGGAGAAUUGCGCUGCAGUCCUAUAAACCAGCAGUUUGUUGGCCAUAGAGGCAAGCCCUUCCCCAGCACAACACAACUCCCUUUUCUCCACCCCCCUCCCGCCCCUGCCCUUGCAUCCUCAGCCUGUUAAUAAACAUACUGAUAUGGAGCUUUAGCAAACCAUCUACUAUAUUCUGACCACUUACAUUAUGGUCAUGCCAUUGUGUGCUAUUCCUGGGGAAGGGAAAUGGGUCCAUUCGCAAGAUUUAAGGGAAAAAUAGUUAAGGAUCAGGAUUGCGAAAGGAGAAACGUCCUUCAGUAUUUAAAAUGCUUUUUUAAUGAUACCCAAAGAGUACUUUGUGGUUCUAGCUGGGCCCACCUGAAAUGAACUGACCGUGAACAAGCCUUAAGUGAGUUUUAGGGACACUGCUGGUCAUCUCACCUCAGCCACCUCUGUGUCUGCUUAGGAUACCGGAAAUCUUUGCUAUUCAAGUAGUGUUGUCCUUUGCUGAAUGAAGUAAUUGUUGUCAUCCACUGUGCCACCUGCCUAGCAGAAAGACUGCUAUGAACUUUUUCUUAUGCAAUAGUCCUUGGUACUUCUAAUAUUUUUAGUAAGAGAAAAUUUUCUAUACUAGAAUCUCCCACUGCCAGAAAACACAAUACCAGUAAGGUUUCACUAGAAUACUGACCCAUCUGCUUCAUAGACUAUAUUUCCUUUGGGUAGGACAUUAGCUUUUUAUUACAAAACUCAACUACCGUAAGCAAAAAUAUGACAUCUAGAAGCACAGUUUUAACCAGGAUGUUUAACAGUGUUUUGUGAAGUUUAAGGGUCUCUUUAAAUGAGGUAAGUGGGUUUAUAUGACUUCAUUUUAGCCAUAUGUGGGUACCCUGCAUUUGAAAAAAGAAAAUUUCCUCAAACAAGCAAGGGAGGAUAGAGACUUUCGCUUGAGGCAUCUGUUGGGAAUCUGGUUUUCUCAGCAGCAGCGGGGCAAGUAUGCCGUUUUAUGUUAAACACCGCCAAGGUGUGAUGCAGGGGAAGAAGGAGAGCUAUGCUUAACUCUAAUAAAAAAGUCCCCUGUGUUCCUGUGGGUGUUUGCUGUGAUUAACAGAAACUUUCUGCAGAAUUAGCUACAUGUAAUCUUGUUGCUAAUGGGCUGUUACCCCACUUGCGUCGGCACCCCGUGCUUCACUACAGUGGCCGGCAGUAGCCAAAGACGGAGUGGUUCAUGGAGACAGAUCUCUCAGAGGCUGCAGCUAAUUCCAGCUAUUUCUGAGUUGGGCUUUUGACUUAACUGCUACUCUAGCCUUCGUGGUGGCACCUUCUCUCCUAGAAAAUUCAUUCCUCAAAGGCAAAGCUUUAAAACCAGAGCCAGUCGAUUCUAGUUACCGAUGCAACACACAUCGUGUAUUUCUUCCCAUGGCACCACUGACACGAUGCCAUGUUCCAGAACUGGGAAGCUCAGUCUGCUCUGACCCUGUGGUCUGGGGGGAUUUGAUGAUUUGCGUUGUUAGGACUUUUGAACCUUUUCAUUUGAUUACAUUUCUGGGUCUCAUGUUAGGCUAAAGGACAUCCAGGAAUAUUUAAUGUUCGAUAUUUAAUGCAACUGGCCCAGCAACAUUAAAGGGGAUUCCUGCCGCCAACGUGGGAGGCUGUGGGCUAGACGUUUUGCACUGUUUUUAUACAUGUAUUCGUAUCCUCUUAUCACCUCAGACUCAGACAAAAGGCCUUUUAAAUGGAGAUUUAAACUACUGCCAUUUAUGUAAAAUAAUGUACUGUGACCAAUUUGCUUUAAAUGGAAAAUAAAGUGCUUUCU